AUGGAUCAAAUCAACAAAUUGAUACCCUUGUGGAAACAAUUGUAUUAUAAAUGGAAGUCUCUGAGAACAAUUCCAUUGAGAAAGAAGUUCUUCGUUGGUUACGAUCUGACCGGGAAUACGUAUUGGGAGUUCUUUGUCGAGCGCAAAAAGGGCAUUCGACCCCGCAGACUUUACCAGCCAUAUAAACCGCAGGAAUUCAUUGUCGAUUACUACGAAAACAUCCCUGUCCAAUGGCUGCAGUGGCUUAGAUAUACACGGCUAAGGCCACCCUCGCUGGAGGAAUUGGUCGAGGAUAAAAUGAGAAUAGAGAGAAUUCAACAACUCGCCCAGCUCAAAGACCAACAGCUACAUUAUAAAGAGCUACAGAAGGACGAGGCCAUAGGAAGAAGCAUGGAAAAGGCGUUGAGAAACAUUAAAAAAUAA